UCAUGCAUGGACUGAAAGACGCUGGCGCGCUUCGGAAGAGAGCAGGACCCCAAAGAGCUCCCCAACACGCGUCAAGGCGCAGCGAUGUCACUGCAUCUCCAAGACACGCGUAUCGGAAGUCUCCUCGCUGUGAAUCUGUUAGUAGUGGCAUGCUGUUGCCAUGCGGUAACAAUUCAGAAACCCGCACCGUUUUGUCUCCUCGUCAAACCAGAACGCGGGAGCUCUCGGGUCACUUUCCUCAUCCGUUCACCGGACGCUACAGCAUCCCCUCUCUUGUACUGGAGUACGUGGACGCCAGAGAAACGCCUCGAGGAAUGUGUGAUAAGCAGCGACGGGUCUCUGGUCAAGCGUUAUUGGUCACUCUGCCGUCGGGAGCGCGCACCGGGCUACGAGAGACCGACGCGCUUCAACCUGAGCGCGCUGCUGGAAGACGCCAGUCUGUGUGAAGUGAACGCGCGUAUCGAUUUCACUUCGCACGAAGAACGCACGAAUCAAAGCCAGCAGACGGAUUCAAGAGCAAAAAGUCGCCGUAGACGCGCGUGGGUUUUGCCGGGAACGCUUUGGUGCGGACGCGGCACCAGCGCCAACGACUAUGAGCAGUUGGGUAUGUUUGUGCAUGCAGACAGAUGCUGUCGGGAACACGAUCACUGCGAGCACAUCAUCCGCUCGUUCUCGGUGAACUUCGGCGUGUUCAACCCCACUCUGUUCACGCUGUCUCACUGUGACUGUGACCACAGAUUUAAACAAUGCCUUCUGGAUGGAAAUGACACCAUCUCCAACAUGGUGGGCUACAGUUUUUUCAACGUCCUGAAGCUCCGCUGCUUCGAGCUGAUCCGAAGGAGCCAAUGCACGCAGUACAACUGGUUCGGAUUGUGCACAGUGGUCAAGACUGCACCCGUGGCAGUAUGGAAAGAUUCAACACCGUACAAUUCUACCAGUCUGACUAAUGAGAACAGCGGCGCCCUUGACCUUUCAUGCAAUGAAGUGCCAAUCAAACUGUCACACAGCGCCAAACAAAGAACCUCUAAAUCGAAACCAAUUCAAUUGACAAAGGGCCGAAAAAGCUGCGCCCCCGUGGACUGCGCAAAAGGGGAAACGUUUCAAAAGUUGGUGAGGCAAAUCGAAAAGAGGAAGAAGCCACAAACAAAAGGACAUCAAAAAGGAGGCAAGGAGCCGCUUGUCUCCCGAAGGAAGGCAUCCGAAGAGAAGAAAAAUAUCACUCAGAAGAUGAAGAUGGAAAGCUUUCUUCAAAGCACCCACAGGACUCCGAAAGCAAGUGUCACUCACUCCCCUUCGGCCUCAUCUAAAACAAAAUUACUCUCAGUGCAAAAGACAAUGGCCGCUCGGUCCAAACAAACGUCCUCAACUAAAUCGGGAGCAAAGACAGUUCAAAAUAAGAGGAAAAGGGGUAAAAAGAAAAAGAACCAGAAGGAAAAACGAAUUAAAUCCAACAAGCAACGAUGAGUUCUUUAAAGCAUGAACAAUUUCACAUUAUCCGUCAGGAUCCUUGCUCUUUUAUACACACAGACUAGACUUUUUCUUGUUUAAGCGGGUGCCAAAAAACGACGCCCCAUUAAACAUACGCCAGUAACCUCAGCAGAUGCAUAUUUGCAUGUUCUAAUGCCGUGAUUAAUAAAAAACUAAUCACUUAAUGAACCGUGUUGCUCCUGGACUUAAUAAUGGACAAAAAUAACGCUAAAGUGAAUGUAAGAUUUAAUGCAUCUUCAAAAUUUAAACAUUCCUACAGCAAGAAAAAGUCCAGACGGCGGUGGGCGACGCUGGUGAACUUGAAGCACAGCCCAGAUUUGGGCCUCACUAACAUAAAACGUUUUAAAGUGAGGUGUUCAGGAGUGUAUUAGCUUAAUAAUAUUACCAGCGUAAUCUAACAGCAGCUUCAACAAGUGAUUUUAGAUAACUGUGAAAUGAAAGAUUGCUAAAAAAUAUAUAUUAAUGUACUUUACUGUAUACAUUUCUGCGAGUGUCGUUUAUGGUAGAAAUCUUGGCAUGGGGUAUAUAGUUAAACAAAGCUUUCUGAAAGCAACAAUUUCUUCGAAAUGCAAGAUAUUAAACAAUGACGCAAGCGAUAAAUUGCAAUCAGCAGUUUACAGCUAAGAAUCUUAGUUCGUUUCUUCAUCGGAUUUGAAGAAAUGUAGCAUUGUGUCAGUGUCUCAGAAACAGAUGCUCUGCAGUGAAUGGGUGCCGUCAGAAUAAGCGGCUGAUAAACACAAUAAUCUAUCAGUUAAUGCUGCAUGUUUGAAGCAAACACAUAUUUUUAACUUCAAAGUGCCACUUCUGGUUAAAAUAAUGCAUAAUAUCUGUAUAACUAUUCCUCAAGUAAAACAAAAACCCAUCAAUAUAUGUUUUUAGAUCUGUUUCAGACUUGAUUUGUGCAGAUCUCUCUCAGAUUUAGACCAGACCACCUAUUUUUCCCAGAGAAGGUGUUGCUCUCCUGUUUCAGCCAGAAGUAAAGCUUUGAACUUAAGGUCUGGAUGCAUUAGUUACUUCCAGACGCACAGCUUUUCUCUCCGCAAGACGUGGACCGUUUGGUCUCUCAUUCUGAAGGCACCCAAUCACUGCAACUGGCAUUUUUUUAAUUUAGCUUUUUUAAUUGACUAUGCAUUGUUUGGUAAUAAAGAGGAACAUGUUAAACAAGUAAAAAGGCAACAUAUUUAAACUGAGUGUUUAUGAACAGAUAUAGAAGUCUAUUCUUUCCACAGACCUAAACUAAAUUUGCAGUUUGUGGAUUCCUCCAGCAGAUGCCCUCAAAAUGCAUGAGUGAAAUAUGAUUUAAUUAGUCCUGUUGAUAAUUAGUUCCGAAAACAAAGGGAGCAUUUAUUUUCUCUAACAGUGUUUUAGUUCGUCGGUUUCAGAGGCACAUAAUCCUGAUUUAAAAUAAUAGUCGUAUCCUCCUAAAAUGUCAAUGUCAUUAUAUUUUUGUUAUGCGGCUGGGGUAUAAUUAAAUAAACUAUAAUCAAUGUGAUCUUAUCCGAAAGGUUGAAAUGUGUUCUUAAGAAAAGGGCAUUUAUCAUAAACACGGAAAGAUUGUUACGUUAUUUAUUAUGCUGCCAAAUAUUAAUUAAUUACCAUUCCUGAAAUCCAUUGAUAA